AUGGCAAAGCGGCAACAAUAUUCGACUUAUGAUCCAUCUCUAUCACCCACUGGUGUAAGAUCGAGGGAAUGGGAGGGUCCGUCGAGAUGGACUGAGUAUUUGGGUCCUGAUAUGAGUUCGCCAAUGACAUCGAGGGUGUCUAGGAAUAAGGGUGGUUCGGAUGGACAGGUUCAGAGUUCGGGUGGUGGGUCUCAUAAGGGUUUGAAUUUGCAGUGGGUAGUUCAACUUACUGAGGUAGCUGAAGGCCUUAUGGCGAAAAUGUAUAGAUUGAAUCAAAUUUUGGAUUUUCCGGAUCCAGUUGGUCAUGCGUUUUCAGAAGCAUUUUGGAAAGCAGGAGUGUUCCCAAACUAUCCAAGGAUUUGCUUAUUGCUCUCAAAAAAGUUUCCAGAGCAUUUCAGCAAAUUGCAGCUUGAACGAGUUGAUAAGGUUGCUUUGGAUGCUUUGAAUGAUGGUGCAGAAGCUCAUUUGCUCAGUUUGGAGCCUUGGGUCCAGUCUCAACAACCUGGGCAACCAAGUGAUGGGAGAUGUAUCAGCUGGCUUGGCUCAGCUGUAGUAGAUUUAUCAUGCUUGCCACCUACAAGUGAGAACUCUGCUGAGUUGCUAGUAUAUGGAAAGAACUUUGGGUUGGUUCAAUUUAUAGAUUCUUAUGAUCCACCAUUGAAAGGAUUACAAGAAGAUCUAAAUUUUGUCAGUCCACGUAUUGGAGAGGUUUUAGAGGCUGUGGGUCCUAUCAUUUUCCUAUCUACAGAUACAAGGAAGCUCAGAAAUGAGGGAUUCCUAAGUCCUUAUCACCCUCGGUAUCCAGAUAUACUAACGAAUUCUGCUCACCCCAUGAGAGCCCAAGAUCUAGCAAAUGUUACUUCUUACAGGGAAUGGGUGCUACUUGGAUAUCUUGUUUGUCCUGAUGAGCUGCUUCGUGUCACUAGCAUUGAUAUUGCUCUGAUACAUGCUGUGAGGAAGAAGCAUGUUGUUGAAAUUGGAUACUCAAUUGAAUACUCAACAUACUGUGUGAAUGACACUUUCAAUGAGAUAAGUUGUUCUGAAGGAAAAUUUGAUACUUACGGUAUUCAGGGACGAGGUGAGUAG